GACCAAACACUCACGAUACUGACAGAAGUUUUGAGAACAUAAUUAUAAAAUAUAGUUAUAUGUUUACUCUGGAGUAUGAAAAGCGUUGAACGAGUAAGUAUGUGACGAGUUUUGCUUUAGAAUGAACGUUUGUAUGUACGCAAAGAGCCCUACCGACGUAGAGCAUGAGCCUCUAACUCCUGAAGGGACGAUUCCAUGUGUGUGCAAUUUUCCCGUCGCUCUGUUUACUUUAGCCCAUAUCGUCGAUUACUCUUCACUUUCCUAUAUUCCCGGGCGCCGCGGCGCAGACGCGGAUCGUGGUUUACGGACAAGCGUCGUGCUCACAGGGGCACCACAGUCAUUGUUGGGAGCUCAUCAUGACGCCACAUGUGUCAGACUUCCAUGUAGUGGUACCAGUUGUUUACAUUAAGGCGAUCAAAACUCUGGUUGGAAAGUCAGAUGAACUCCUACUUAGAUGUCGGCAUGGUCUGAGGAACAUGGGAUGUGAAUUGGGCAAGUUGGUCAUGGUACACCGGGAUGGCGGUGAUGGUAGCAAAGGUCGCCAUGGGGAAGCAGAGCUACCUGUGCCAGAGCCCCCAGACCCUCGUCUGCCCCUCACGGCCAAGCAGAAAUACAGUAUGAUGGCUUCGUGGAAAGGAAUCAGCCGAGCAAUGGAGCCAACUGGUGUGUACAUGUUUAUAAAGUUGUUCGAGGAACAUCAGGAACUACUGAAUCUCUUCGAGAAGUUCCGUGAACUGCGCACGCGCGAUGAACAAGCGAACAGCAUGGAACUGGCAGAGCACGCCAAUACUGUGAUGGCCACUCUGGACGAGGGCAUCAAGAGCCUGGACACCCUGGACUCCUUCUUCGAUUACCUGACACAAGUCGGCGCAUCACACCACCGCAUCCCAGGAUUCAAACCCGAGUACUUCUGGCGAAUCGAGCGGCCGUUCCUGGAGGCAGUGCAGAUGACUCUUGGUGACCGAUACACGGAGAACAUAGAAAGCAUCUACAAAGUGACCAUCAAGCUUAUUAUCGAGACAUUGGUCCGUGGAUAUGAAGAGAAGAAGCCAGACACGUGAAACAAGACUGAUCCCAUAAGAAGUGUUAAGACUAUUGAUAUUAAGGGAAAUGUUUAGUACCAAAUCUGUAGUCAGUGUUGGAUCUACAAAUUGAAAAAUGUCUAAUUAUUAUUUAUUCGUUCGAGAAAGCUGAAAGUGUUCGAUAAGGAUUUCAGAUAGAUUAUUUAUCACUGAUCAGUUACGUACAUAUAUACAUAAACAUGUAACUCAGAAAAUCCCCUUACUACGCAAAUGUUUAUGAAACUCUCAAAUAUAAGUCCGAAUUGGGACUUCUAAAGUUUUAAAACAUGAAUUCUUUCCACGCUCUGCCUGAAACCUUUUUCUGUCAUUAGGCCCUAUUUCCAGAUCGAAGUAUAAUUUAUGUUGCUGAAGAGUCACAAAGAACUCAACUGCAGAGAGAUUCUUGAAGAGGUUUCUUUCACUGAUUGCAUCAAAAGGGCGUAGUAUGGACAGGAAUAUACAACAUUCAGCUAGUAAGGGAUUAAAUAUGUAUUACAGAUUGAACACUGACUGCCGUUCAGAUUCUCACAUAAGACAUUGCAAAAGAAAUUAUAUUUAUUCGUCUGAUAUACAUUUUUAAAAAUCGAACAUGUUAUUCUUGAUAUUGUCGAAAGCCUUAGCGCUAGUUCGCAGUGGCGGCAGGAGUGCUACGUUGUGAAUCUCUGGGACUUAGAACUUCAGUACAGGGGUCCAUUAUUCCAUGCGAUUCUUCAUCAUCUCAUAAAUUAUCUUUAUAUUGAAGCCGCGGGUCGGCCAUUUUUGUAGUUGGCGUUUUUCUUAAUGAUCUGUGAGAUUACGUUUUGCGCCUUUUGGCAUAUUCUGACGGCUGUUGGACGAAAGAAUUUGCUUAUUCGGCAACAGUUUUUAUGUCCCUACCAGGAUACUUCGAAAUAAAUUUUAUGAAUUUCCUUCGAAACCAAACAUUAUAAUGACAUAAUAAUAUAACCAGAAGACUCUUGCGUUUUUUAUUUGUUGCAUUUCAUGCUCUAUAUAUUUUUUUGCUCCAUACCUUCCCAUGCUGUCACUGACAGACCACAAAUAGUCACAGUUUAAGGGCCCGAUUGGCCUCCUGUUUAAUCAUUGUGCCGUCACUGGGAACAUGCUUCUUCAUAGGACCUUACCUUGGUCCCUGUGUACAGGGUUAAGAAACACAGAGUCAAUAGCUUCGCGUAAGUUUAUAAGCUCACUAUUGAAAUAUGUUAUUGUGACAGUUGGUAUAAUUAUUCUUGAAAAUUUGAAAUGACCAAAAAGCACAUAAAUGCAUCGUCUUGCGAUGAAUUGUCGACCGCAAAAUCCUGUGCCACUGUUCUCUUUGAACUGGGCAUAAGAAGCAGAGACAAUGCCAGAUUUGUGAUAGAUGUCUCUAUUAUUUUCUACAACUAGGCAACAGUGGUGCCGAUGUAUGUGCCUGACUUUGGCUUUCUAGGAUAUAAGUAUGCUCUAGAAAGCAUUUAAAUUCACAUUACUGUGAUGUAUGUUCAAUAUUACACUAUGUUUUGUGUAUAUGAAUUAAGAUAUUUGAGUUGUAUAAAUGUAGCCAGCCGCCAGGUGUGUGUUGUCAGAGAGCGGUGUUCGAUUGUUGCUUAGGAACUAAUCUCCAGUGCAGUAAAUAUCAAGAGAGAGGACUGCAAGUUUCAGUAGAAUAUGAGAGGACUCGAGAAAAUUGUCUGUUCUGUAAUAAUACAGGUAACUAUUCACACUG